ACGUGGGAUUGUUAUAGCUGCUAUACGUACUCGUCAUAUUUCCAGAGCACAACUGGUUUGGCGCUCACUUUCCGAACACGAUGCGGUGGUCUACUCCGCAGCAUUCGCACAGUCGUAGUAAGGCUCCUACUCAAUAUAUUCAGACCUUAAAGACAUGAGCAGUGAAUCGUGUCUCUGGCUAUAGUUUCUCUUUCACUUUCAUUAUUGAGUUAAAAUGUCAGCUGUGCAACGAUUACCAGAACAGAUUGAUUGUGCAGAUUAGAGAAUGGAUAUCUGUUGGAAAAAUGUGAUUUAGACCAACGCUGUGCAUCGUACAACAACGAAUGGAAUUGAUUACGGAAUUGUGCACCAGGAAGCGAAGAUAGCUUGUAGCUGUUGAAUCGUCUUGAUCUACUUUCCCAUCGGGCCAAAGUGAGCUAGAGAUAUCGACAGCGCAAUAAUACAUUCAGACCUCCACAUAGGAACGCUUCACGACUCAGGGGCUGUGUGGCGCAUAACACCGGCGGCGGCAGCCACAGAAUGGGUCUAAUCGUCAAAAUAUUACGUAAUAUGCGGAUUCCCCGCUGGUCCACCCUCUUGCCCGUGCUGUUUUAUUUGGUUUUUAUCACCUGCAUAUUGAUGCUUGCAUUCCCUGCCAAUUCUACCAACGGAUCGACGGAGCGAAAGCGAAGCAAUGGGGGGGAUACAGCGGAGAAUGACGGUGACUCCAACUCUGUGAUAUACAACGUGGACGAGGUUGCAAUGCAGGAGCUAAGCAAUGCCUUCAACAAGGCAGAUACUAAUAGGGAUAAACAUCUGAACGUGCAGGAGCUUGCCAAAUAUAUUAACUUUAAAAUAAGGGACCACAUUGACAAUGCAAUACGUACAAAUCCAACUACCUUCGUGGAAAUUGAUCAAAAACCACGAGACGGACUAGUCAGCUGGGACGAAUACCAAUCCCAUUCGUUUCGAGAAAAAGGAAUCGCCGAAAGCAGCAUGAGGAAAAAUGUCUUCGAUACGUUAGAUCGAAAGGUAAAAGAAUCCAUCGCACGAGAUAAAGCCCUCUGGAUGGAAGCAGCCCGAACCGAUCCUAUGAGUCUAACUUUGGAUGAGUUUCUCUCAUUUCGACAUCCGGAGUCCAGCACGGUCAAUCUGCUGAACCUGGUAGACGAUAUCUUGCGACAGUUCGAUGUCGAUGGCGAUGACAAACUAACAAUCGGUGAGUUCUCCGACGUCCUACCCAAUGGAGUGGCGGAUCCAAGCAGUAAGAAGAUAAUCCUUUCGCAAACCGAAAGGGAACGUAAGGAGGAAUUCACCAAAAUUAUUGACAAGAACAAGGAUGGCAAAGCCGACCGGGGUGAGCUGUUGUCGUACGUAGAUCCACGGCAUCCCAGAUAUGCUAUUCAGGAAGCCUCGGCCUUGUUUGCGCUGGCUGAUAAGAACGCUGAUCGGAAAUUGACGUUGCAUGAGAUAAUAGCUAAAGCAUCAAUAUUUAUUUCCUCGAAAAUGAUCAACACAGCUGACAGCUUUCAUGAUGAAUUUUAAGCUAAGAAAAUACCUAGUAGAAACCAAAUGUGAUAGUGAGAUUUGUUGCAAUAAUCUUGUACAUGACAGCACCAUGAAUAUGAUUAAAAUUAAACAUAGAAAAUACUAUCAGUAAAAUGUCA